UGACGACAAGUCCUGCGCAGAUGGCGGCGGCGGCGGCGAUGACGGCGGCGGGCGGCGGCGGGGCUGGUACGGCCCGCUCUCUCUCGCGCUUCCGAGGCUGCCUAGCCGGCGCGCUGCUGGGAGACUGCGUGGGCGCCGUCUACGAGGCACACGACACCGUCAGCCUGGCGUCAGUCCUGUGUCACGUCCAGAGCCUGGAGCCGGACCCGGGCACGUCGGGCAGCGCGCGGACAGAGACACUGUACUACACGGAUGACACCGCCAUGUCCAGGGCCCUGGUGCAGUCCCUGCUGGCCAAAGAGGCCUUCGACGAGGUAGACAUGGCUCACAGGUUUGCACAAGAAUACAAGAAGGACCCUGACAGAGGGUAUGGGGCUGGAGUCAUCACUGUCUUCAAGAAGCUCCUGAGCCCCAAGUGCCGUGACGUCUAUGAGCCUGCCCGGGCCCAGUUCAAUGGAAAAGGCUCCUAUGGCAAUGGGGGUGCCAUGCGGGUAGCAGGCAUCCCCCUGGCCUAUAGCAGUGUCACAGAUGUACAGAAGUUUGCACGGCUCUCAGCCCAGCUGACCCAUGCCUCCUCCUUGGGUUACAACGGGGCCAUCCUGCAGGCGCUGGCUGUGCACCUAGCUCUGCAGGGUGUGUCAUCCAGUGAGCACUUCCUUGAGCAGCUUGUGGGCCACAUGGAGGAGCUGGAAGGUGAUGCCCAGUCGGUCCUGGAUGCCAAAGAGUUGGGUAUGGAGGAGCGUCCAUACUCCAGCAGGCUGAAGAAGGUUGGAGAGCUGCUGGACCAGGACGUGGUGAGCCGAGAGGAAGUGGUGUCUGAGCUAGGGAAUGGCAUCGCCGCCUUCGAGUCUGUGCCCACCGCCAUCUACUGCUUCCUGCGCUGCAUGGAGCCUGACCCUGACAUCCCUUCCGGCUUCAACAGCCUCCAGAGGACCCUCAUCUACUCCAUCUCUCUUGGUGGAGACACAGACACCAUAGCCACCAUGGCUGGGGCCAUUGCUGGAGCUUACUAUGGGAUGGAGCAGGUACCAGAGAGCUGGCAGCAAAGCUGUGAGGGUUAUGAGGAGACAGACGUCCUGGCCCAGAGCCUGCAUCGAGUCUUCCAAGAGAGAGUGUGAGCUUCAGUUUCAGCAGUCCUGUCAGGCCCCUCAGGACCAAGGACAACUCAGACUGCAACCAGAGUCUUCUGAAGCUGGCUUUCCUGCCCCAGCAUUCCCGAGGGCAGGCUGAGGGCACCCUUGGGGCUGGAGUCUUAGGCCAGUCUGUGGAACAGUGAGGAGCUGGUGCCUUCUUGGAGUGGCAGCUCUGGCUUGCUGCAGGGCUGUGUGACACCUGGGGUCCUCAGAAAUAUGAGGGGUCAGGGCAGUUUGAUUUUGGAGGGGUAUUGUGGCAUUCUUUCCAUCUAGGACAUGGGACUUGUUAAGGUGGAAAUGACCUGUGUUUCCUGUUGGGUUUUAACCAAUGUGACUGGAAGCCUCAGGUCACAUGACUCUUGAGACUGACAUCUACACCCAGUCCAUUCAUUGCCAACUGGCCUAGCCCCCUCUGGAAUGGGGCUCUUUGACAGCUUCUAGUGGAAGUCACAGCAAUAAAUGUUUUUUAUAAAUCCCA